UGGACUGCGACGCUCUGACAUCAGAACAAAGAUGGCUGCGUCCUGCAGACUUUCCCUCGUACCCUAAAUUUUUGCGCCUAGCUCGUGUCAGGUUUAGAGUCACACUCGGCCUUUCUCCAGCCAUGUUUUCUCUCCGAAAUUGCGGUCUCUGGGUCGCGGCUUCCCUCACCAAAAAGCGCCUUACGUUGGCCCGGUUCAGCGGUGACAGCGCGGCGCCCUUGGCUACGAAGUUUGACGUGAUAGUCGUCGGCGGAGGACAUGCCGGGACCGAGGCAGCCGCCGCUGCUGCUCGUUGCGGCUCCCGGACCCUGCUACUCACCCACCGCGUGGACACGAUCGGUCAGAUGUCCUGUAAUCCUUCCUUUGGUGGCAUUGGCAAAGGGCACUUAAUGAGGGAAGUUGAUGCCUUGGAUGGGCUUUGUUCUCGAAUCUGUGACCAGUCUGGUGUACAUUACAAAGUAUUAAACCGGCGUAAGGGACCGGCUGUUUGGGGUUUGAGAGCUCAGAUUGAUAGGAAACUCUAUAAGCAGAACAUGCAGAAAGAAAUCCUAAAUACACCGCUGCUUACUGUUCAGGAGGGAGCUGUAGAAGAUCUUAUUCUUACAGAACCAGAGCCUGAGUACACUGGGAAAUGCCGUGUCAGUGGCGUGGUUUUAGCGGAUGGAAGCACAGUACAUGCAGAGAGUGUGGUUCUGACUACUGGGACGUUCUUGAGAGGCGUGAUUGUAAUUGGAUUAGAAAUGCAUCCAGCAGGACGUUUAGGGGAUCAGCCUUCCGUAGGGUUGGCUCACACUCUGGAGAAGUUGGGGUUUGUGGUGGGAAGACUGAAGACUGGGACUCCACCCCGAAUUGCCAAAGAGUCCAUUAAUUUCAGCAUUCUAAACAAGCAGACACCAGAUAAUCCAUCCAUACCAUUCAGUUUUAUCAGUGAGACAGUGUGGAUUAAGCCAGAAGAUCAGCUGCCAUGUUACUUGACUCACACCAACCCUAAAGUGGAUGAGAUUGUCCUUGAGAACCUUCACCUUAAUAGUCACAUUAAGGAAACUACAAGAGGACCCCGAUACUGUCCAUCCAUUGAAUCAAAGGUUUUGCGUUUUCCAAACCGUCUUCAUCAGGUUUGGUUGGAACCUGAAGGAAUGGAUUCUGACCUCAUCUACCCCCAAGGGUUAUCUGUGACGCUACCAGCUGAAUUACAGGAGAAAAUGAUCACAUGCAUCAAAGGCUUGGAGAAAGCUAAAAUGAUUCAGCCAGGUUAUGGUGUUCAGUAUGAUUAUUUAGACCCCCGUCAGAUCACUCCUUCUCUUGAGACUCAUUUGGUGCAACGGCUCUUCUUUGCUGGCCAGAUAAAUGGCACUACUGGUUAUGAGGAAGCUGCAGCUCAAGGUGUGAUAGCUGGAAUCAAUGCAAGUCUUCGGGUCAAACGCAAGCCUCCUUUUGUCGUUAGCCGAACAGAAGGCUACAUAGGAGUCUUGAUUGAUGACCUCACCACACUGGGUACCAACGAACCAUACCGCAUGUUCACGAGCCGAGCAGAGUUCCGUUUGUCACUGCGCCCUGAUAACGCCGACAGCAGGCUCACGUUCCGAGGGUAUAAGGAAGUUGGCUGUGUGUCCCAACAACGAUAUGAAAGAGCUUCUUGGAUGAAGUCUUCUUUGGAAGAAGGCAUUUCUGUGCUAAAAUCCAUUGAGUUUUCAAGUUCUAAAUGGAAAAAGUUAAUUCCAGAGGCUUCUAUAAGUAUUGGUAAAAGUCUGCCUCUCAGAGCUCUAGAUGUUCUGAAGUAUGAGGAAGUUGACAUGAAGUUAUUAGCCACAGCUGUUCCAGCGCCCUUGAAGAAGUACAUUACAUGUAGAGAACUAGCUGAAAGACUGAAAAUAGAAGCCAUUUAUGAAUCAGUGUUGUUCCAUCAGCAACAACAAAUAAAGGAAGUUCAGCAAGAAGAAGCUCUGCAACUGCCAAAAGACUUAGAUUAUUUGACUCUCAGAGAUGUGUCUUUGUCUUAUGAAGUUCGAGAGAAGCUACAUUUCAGUCGCCCAGAGACGAUUGGGGCUGCUAGUCGUAUACCUGGAGUGACACCUGCUGCCAUCAUCAAUCUGCUCCGAUUUGUGAAGACCACUCAGCAGAGACAGGCGGCUAUGGAUGAAUUGCCCAACACUGACCAAUACUUAUGCGAGACAGACAAACUGGAAGAAAGACAGUUAUAGCUUUGUAUUCAUAGAAGACUUUUAAAUAGUACGAGCAGAGAGAGGAGAUAAGUACUGUAUUUUGGUUUUAGCGCCUGUUAAAAAUAACCUUAGGUUAUUAUGGAUUUAUGAUUAAUUUAUGAAGAGGGCAAAGAUUAUAAUAACUGUGCUUCUUUAUCUGAGAAAGUUAUAAAGUCUUCAUUUAUACUCUUCAUCUUAGGUGCUCUAAUACAGUGAGCAUAUUAAUGUAACGGGAGUAUUCAUCAAACAGAGAUCAUAGUGGAUCCACAACUAAGCCAGAAAAAAAAAAAACUUCAGCUUGCAGAUUUGCUUACUCAUAAAGACUUUGUCCAUUAAAUGUUACCGAAGUAAAAGUCUUAUGUUUCAACCUGUUUUGAAAGUUAGUAGUCUUUUGCUUGGAUAAGGAGGCGAUUUCAAAGCCCUCAAAUUCUUAGGGCUUCAAAUUUGAAACUAUACAAAAUCAUCUAGAAUUAGCCAGUUGAUUUCCAACAUUUAAAAAUGUAGUAUGUAGGGUGAAAGUUGACUUCUAAGAUUCCUACACUUCUCCAGGAAAUCCUCACCAGUAAUUAUCUUUGAACAUCAAUGAAUAUCCUGUAAACUAGAUCAGAAAUGAUCAUAGUUUCCUUUGAUCCACAAUAUGGAAAAGUUUUUGGCAACCUGGUUAAAGGGAAAAUAAAGGUAGUUACUUCAUAUCA